UACUCACCAAAUUUUGCGAAGUGGAAAUGUAACAAGUUUUCGCGCGUAAAAUAUUGGACUUAUGAAUUAUUGUGUUUAAUGAUAUAAUUAAUAGAACUUUUAAUUAACACAAAAUUUAAAUAUGAAUGUAGUGCAAGAUCUCACGAGACGUUUGGAGGGUUUUGCAUUUGUAGGCGAUUAUGACAUAGCACUGUAUCGUUUAAAAUGCCUUCGUAAUAAUUUAUACCGUGGAAUAUCUCCGAAUAUAAAUGCACAUCAUUAUGAUUCAGUACCACCGGUUUUUGCUUGCCGUUUUUGUAAAAAGAAAGGAUACGAGCAGAUACUUGCCUUAGCAAACGAAGAUGGAAAAAUUGCUUUACAAGAUAUAAAUAUUAGUGAAAGGCGUGAUACACCAUUAGAAGGAGUUCAAGCACAUGGUAAUGCGAUUUUUGAUGUUGCAUGGAUGCCUAAUGAUUUAAAAUUAGUAACAGCAUCAGGAGAUCACAGUGCAAUAUUAUGGGAUGUAUCUCAAUCUGAAAUAAGAAAAAUCGAUUUCUUUCAGGCUCAUUUGCGUAGUGUUAAGACUGCAGUAUUUCGCCCAGAAGAUAAAGCCAUUUUUGCCACAGGUGCUCGUGAUGGAAUUAUAAUGAUUUGGGACAUAAGAGCAAGUCAUAGUGGUCAACAUAAAGCAGAUAAUUGUAUACUUAAUGCACAUAGUAGCGUACCCACUAGUAAUAGGCAUCGUAAAAAUCUCAAUCAUCUAUCUUGUACGCAAAGUAUUACCAGUCUUGGCUUUCAAGAUGAUAAUUCAUUAAUAUCGUGCGCUGCCGGUGAUGGGGUAAUCAAAGUUUGGGAUUUAAGAAAAAACUAUACCAUUUACAAAAAAGAUGCAAUGCCUAAACAUUCAAUGUAUUAUGCAGGAAAUAGCCUAAAAAAUGGAUUUUCCUCAUUGUUGAUAUGUCCAGCCAGAAUUAAAUUAUAUGCCAGUUGUAUGGAUAACGUUAUAUAUACAUAUAAUAUAACUUCUUAUGAUGAGUACCCAAUUGCACAAUUUUAUGGACAUCAAAAUAGUACAUAUUAUGUUAAAACUUCUUUAAGUCCUGAUGGAAAAUACCUUAUUAGUGGUUCUAGUGAUGAAAUUGCUUAUAUUUGGCAUACUAAGCGGUCUGGCGAGCCUAUAGUUAAACUUAGUGGUCAUACAGAAGAAGUUACUUGCCUUGCAUGGUGCGCUGUUGGAGAAACCAAGAUAGUAACUUGUUCGGAUGAUUCGUGCCAUAUGGUAUGGAGAAUUAUAGCUGACCAUAUAACAGAAAAUGAAGAAUCAGAAAUAAUAGGUAGAGCAGAGCCUGUUUCCAGUGCAAUCUCCUUAGGAAAUUUGAAAACUGAGACAACACCGACUACUCACGAGCGGUAUACCUUACUACAAGAUUAUACACCUGAAUCCUCGACAUCAAAUAGUACGCCAGGGUCUAACGAAUUAAAUGAUAUGCAUUUGGGGCAUUUACAUAGAAAAAGUAAUAGCGGUAGUUUUAAAAGAACUUAUACACAAAUGACACUUAAAGGAUCGUAUUCGGACGGAAAAUUGAAAACUAGUUUAUCUCCUAUUCACGAAGAUUCAGAAACUAGAAUAAAACGUGCACACGUAGAAAAUCGUGGUGCUAGAAGGCUUUUUAGCCAAAGUACUGACAAAACUACUAUUAGCGAUAAGGGUUACAACUUCGAUAAACCAAGUACAAGUUCAUAUGUACCAAAACUUCAAACUACCAUUUCAGAAAAUAACGUCUCAGAAAGUUCCAGUUCAUCAAUUCCAUUUUUACCUAUAUCAAAUCUGCCAAAUUUUGUGAUAGAUGGAACAGCACCUCACCUACUUCAAAUGUCUCCUGAAAAGUUCAAAGAAAGUGUCGAUUGGUUAACAAAAAUACGAGAGAAAUUUAAAGAGCAAAAAAGUAAAUCAUCCGCGAAUAAACUGUCUAGUUCUAAAGUGAUUACUCCCGCACAUAGAAGUAGUAGAUCUAGAUCAAUGGAACCAAAAGGAUGCAAAACUUCUUUGUCUCCCACUCCAUCUUUACUCCAUUUCUUUAAAGCUUAUAAUAAAGAAUGUGAUAAAAGUACUAGUCCUGGAAACUCAAAUACUCCUUCUUAGUUAUCUAUGCAAUGAACGUGAUAAUGCAAUGAAACAUCAAAGGUUUAAUAUCAUUAUCUAACAAAUAUCUUUACAAUAGGAUCGAAAGUAUUGUUUUUAAUACUGUACCUUAUAAAACAGUAUUCACCUACAAUUUAUAGUAUAAAUAGAUAAGUAAUUUUAAGGUACUUGCCGUUUUUAUCGAUAAUUAUAAGACUAUUUUUUGAUAAUAAUUCAUUAUUGUAUAUGA